AUGAGAGAUGGGGACAUACUGGUGAAAGCCUCAAAGGUCAUGAAGAUGACUGAGAGACUGGAGGGAAGCAAUCAGGACGACUAUCAGCUGGUCCGCAAGCUCGGGCGAGGGAAGUACAGCGAGGUCUUCGAGGCCAUCAACAUCACCAAUAACGAGAGGGUCGUCGUUAAGAUCCUCAAGCCAGUGAAGAAAAAGAAGAUAAAACGCGAGGUUAAGAUUCUGGAGAAUCUACGUGGUGGUACCAACAUCAUUAAUCUGAUUGACACUGUCAAGGAUCCAGUGUCAAAGACCCCUGCUCUGGUGUUUGAGUACAUCAAUAACACAGAUUUUAAGCAACUGUACCAGAUCCUGACAGACUUUGAUAUUCGGUUUUAUAUGUAUGAGCUGCUGAAGGCCCUGGAUUACUGUCACAGCAUGGGCAUCAUGCACAGAGACGUCAAACCCCACAACGUCAUGAUAGACCACCAACAGAAAAAGCUGCGGCUCAUAGACUGGGGUCUGGCUGAAUUCUACCAUCCAGCUCAGGAAUACAAUGUCCGUGUGGCCUCUAGGUACUUCAAAGGACCAGAGCUCCUUGUGGACUACCAGAUGUAUGACUACAGCUUAGACAUGUGGAGUUUAGGCUGUAUGUUGGCAAGCAUGAUCUUCCGAAAGGAGCCCUUCUUCCAUGGCCAGGACAAUUAUGAUCAACUGGUUCGCAUUGCAAAGGUCCUGGGCACAGAUGAGCUGUAUGGGUAUCUCAAGAAGUACCACAUAGAACUGGACCCCCACUUCAAUGAUAUCCUGGGCCAGCAUUCCCGGAAGCGCUGGGAGAACUUCAUCCACAGCGAGAACAGGCACCUGGUCAGUCCUGAAGUCCUAGACCUGCUGGACAAACUCCUGCGAUAUGACCAUCAACAGAGGUUGACUGCCAAGGAGGCCAUGGAACACCCCUAUUUCUAUCCAGUGGUGAAGGAGCAGUCCCAGCCCAGCUCAGAAAACGCUGUGCUCUCCAGCGGCCUGACAACAGCACGAUGAAGACUGGAAAACGACGGGUAAUUCAAGAUGUUUACAAAUAAAAGCAAAACCUUCGGUCACACAGUGAAGGGAAAAGAACCAAGGACUUCCCCCCCCCCCGUCCCUCCCCGCCCCUUUAUAC